AUGGCGUCCAACCUCCAGCACACAAAGUCUACGGUCAAGCUCAAUACAGGCGCGUCCAUGCCCAUGGUCGGCCUAGGCACCUGGCAAUCGAAACCCAAUGAAGUUCGUGAUGCGGUAAAAGUCGCUCUGCAAAAGGGCUAUCGCCACAUCGACACAGCCUUGGCCUACGGCAACGAGGCUGAGGUGGGACAAGGAAUUAAAGAUUCUGGCGUGCCCCGUGAGGAGAUCUGGAUAACGACCAAGUUGAACAAUACAUGGCAUCACAUUGUGCCAGAAGCGAUUGACUCGUCUCUGAAGUCUUUAGGUGUCGAGUAUGUCGACCUCUACCUUAUGCAUUGGCCCAGCAGCACCGAUCCCAAUGACACGAAGAAGCACCUGCCAGACUGGAACUUCGUCAAGACCUGGAACGAAAUGCAGAAGAUCCCCACAAGCAAAGCACGCAAUAUCGGAGUAUCAAACUUCAGCAUCACACAUCUCGAGCAAGUCUUCGCAGACCCGGGCUUCAAGACCACCCCGGCGGUGAAUCAGAUCGAACUCCAUCCCAAUAACCCCUCGCCCAAGCUUCUUAGCUACCUCUCCUCGAGGGGUAUUCAUGCUACGGCGUAUUCUUGCCUAGGGUCCACUGACUCGCCACUCUACAAGAAUGCCACCUUGAAAGCAAUUGCUGAGGAGAAAGGCAAGACGGUGCAGCAGGUGUUGCUGAUGUGGGGCUUGCAGCGAGGCACAAGCGUCAUUCCGAAGAGUGUGACAAAAGAAAGAAUCGAGGCGAACUUUGAGCUUGAUGGAUGGGAGCUCAGUGAGCAGGAGAUGGAGAAGAUUAGUGCGAUGCCUGAGAGGUUCAAGGUCUGUGGGGAUGCGUGGCUCCCAGAAGGGGUCAAGGUGUUUUUGGGAGAGGAUGAGUGA